AUGAAUUAUAAAUUUCUGGGUCUGUCUAUCAACCACCACGCAGACCAAUCACUCAACAGCUUCUGCCAGUGGCAAUCAGGCCUGAUAGGUAAAAACGGCAAGCGGCACGACCAUGCCAUACUGUUGACGGGGCUGGACAUCUGCUCCUGGAAGAAUGAACCGUGUGACACCUUGGGUUUCGCUCCAAUAAGUGGGAUGUGUAGCAAGUAUCGUAGCUGCACGAUUAAUGAAGAUACGGGGCUGGGCCUCGCUUUCACCAUCGCCCACGAGUCAGGACAUAAUUUUGGAAUGAUCCAUGACGGAGAGGGGAAUCCCUGCCGGAAGACUGAAGGGAACAUAAUGUCUCCCACAUUGGCUGGGAAUAAUGGUGUUUUCUCAUGGUCUGCCUGUAGUCGGCAAUACUUGAACCGAUUUUUAGGUACAGCUCAGGCUUCGUGUCUAGUGGACGAGCCCAAGCAGAUAGGCCAGUACAAGUACCCCGAGCAGCUUCCAGGUCAACUGUAUGAUGCUGAUAUACAGUGCAAAUGGCAGUUUGGCUCGAAAGCUAAACUUUGCAGCCUGGACUUCGUAAAGGACAUGUGUAAAUCAUUGUGGUGCCACAGAACAGGACACCGGUGUGAGACCAAGUUCAUGCCUGCUGCCGAGGGCACCAUCUGCGGACCAGACAUGUGGUGCCGGAGAGGACAGUGUGUCAAAUUUGGUGAUCAUGGUCCUAGAGCAGUGCAUGGCCAGUGGUCGGGAUGGUCCGAGUGGUCUGACUGUUCACGCACUUGUGGUGGAGGGGUCAUGUACCGAGAACGAUCCUGCAACAGCCCCAGCCCACAGCACAACGGCAAGUUCUGCCAAGGCCCCAGUCGACUGCACCAGCUGUGUAACACCAAGCCAUGCCAGCCCAAUGGAGUGGACUUCAGAGCUCAGCAGUGCACCGAAUACAACAGCAAACCCUUCAGGGGAUGGUACUACAAAUGGAAGCCAUACACCAAAGUGGAAGAAGAGGACAUCUGUAAGCUGUACUGCAUUGCUGAGGACUUUGAUUUUUUCUUCGCUAUGUCCAGCAAAGUCAAAGAUGGGACGUCUUGCUCUGACUACAAAGGAGGCGUGUGCAUUGAUGGGAUAUGCAAGCCGGUGGGCUGUGACCAGGUGUUGGGAUCAAAGGCCGCUUUGGAUGCCUGUGGAGUGUGUAAAGGAGACAACUCCACCUGCAAGUUCUACAGUGGCCAGUACACCCUCCAGCACAGAGCCAAUGAAUAUUACCCUGUUGUGAUGGUUCCCGCUGGAGCGAGGAGCAUCAGGGUGCAGGAGAUGGAGAUCUCCACCAGCUACCUGGCUGUCCGCAGUCUGAAACGUGGUACCUACUACUUGACGGGGGACUGGACGGUGGACUGGCCUGGCAGGUUCCAGUUCGCAGGCACUACGUUCAACUAUCAACGCUCUUUCAACCGGCCUGAGACCUUGUACGCUGCAGGCCCCACUAAUGAGACCCUGCUCUUUGAAAUUCUUCUUCAGGGUAAAAAUCCUGGUAUAUCAUGGGAAUACACUCUACCACAUCCGGAGAAGAAGCACAACUACACCUGGUCCGUGGUGCGCUCUGACUGCUCGGCGCCUUGUGCUGGGGGUCGGGUCUCGACGAAAGCCAUUUGUUUGCAGGAUCAGAACACGCAGGUCAACUCUUCACUCUGCAACCCUGAGACCAGACCUGUGGUGGGCUCUCACCUGUGCAACACACAGCCCUGCCCUGCCUAUUGGACGACAGGUAAAUGGGGAGUGUGCAGUAGAACAUGUGGAGGUGGGCAGCAGACGCGAAACAUCCGCUGCAUGAGGAAGGUGACAUACCAGCGGGAGGAGGUGGCGGCUCACUCCUUAUGUCCAGUAAUGGCUCCGGCCCAACUACAGCCCUGCAACACACAGGCAUGUCCUCCGGAGUGGAGCACCGGCUCCUGGUCACAGUGCUCUAAGACCUGUGGGCGAGGGUUGAAGAAGCGCAGUGUUUUCUGCAGGAGCACCGAUCCAGGUGCCAGGGCUGUGGUGGUGCUUGACAGCAUGUGUAAAUUACACCUGAAGCCCAAAGCCCAGGAGACCUGUGUGCUGAGCCGCUGCCCCAAGAAUGAGCAUCUUCAGUGGAUAACUACCGCCUGGGGAGAGUGUUCGGCCUCAUGUGGAGCAGGAGUAAAGAGAAGAGAGCUGCAAUGUGGGGAGAAAGACUCCCAAGGAGGCUACACAGAGUUCCCUGCAAGGAGGUGCAGGAACCUCCGCAAACCCCAAGCAGACCUUCAACAAGCUUGUAAUAAUGGCCCCUGCCCAGAGCCCCCACCUCCCCAGCUCCUCCAGCCUGGCCCAGACAGGGGCGGCGCUUCCGUGACUCUGGGCUGGUACUCCUCUCCUUGGCUGCAGUGCACAGUGUCCUGUGGUGGUGGGGUGCAGACACGUAGCGUUCAGUGUCUGAGACAAGGGCGUCUGUCAGUGGGCUGUUUACCUCAUCAGAGACCCAUAAGCACACGGGCCUGCAAUACACAUUUCUGUCCUGGUCCAAUCCCAGCCCCUGUCCCACCUCCCUCACCUACACUUAAAGAAAACCAGCCUUGCAUCGACUUCUUCAGCUGGUGUCAUCUGGUGCCUCAGCAUGGUGUUUGCAAUCACAAAUUCUAUGGUCAACAAUGCUGCAAGUCCUGCUCUGCCAAAAGACAGUAAAGCAGAAGACCUUCCCAUGAGCCUCCUCACUGACUCUGAGAUCUGUAAAUCAUUGUCAUACAGAUAACCGCUAUGGAGUAUAGCAAGUUGAUAUUUGCGAGAUGUGGUAAAGAGGCAUUCCACUGGACCAUGUCUUGAGAGAUAAUGAGAGCCUGGUAUCCGAGGAACUCGAGAAACUCUGUACAUUGGAAAACUGCACCUGGUUCUGGCUUCAUCAGUGGUGUAUCAAAACUAGAAUUGUGGUUCUUCAAUAACCAAUCUGCAGAACAUUUAUAAUGUAAAUAUCUCUGCUUGUUCUUUUAUGAUUGGAGACGUGACCAGAGGUUAAAGCCAUUAAGAGACUUCCAUCAUCAGUUCAUUUGUAUGCUACAUUGAAGACCACCAGAUGAACAUUGGUGUGACUGUGCUCAUCUGAAGUACUGUAGAAUUUCGGUCAAGUCUUUGAGCUCCAGGCGAACCCACGAGACUCUAUGUUUACCAGCAGAUCUGUACAGAACUGAGGGAUGAUUCACACAGCGUUCCACUGUACUGCUUUUGAAUAAUUUAAUCUAUGUAUACAUGUUCUCGAUGGUUGUCCGUUGCUUCGUGUCUUGCUGCUUUUUUAACCUCUUGCAUGCGAGUGCUUUUUUUUAAGACAAGUGUCGAGUUAAGAUAAGUUGAACGUUUGACACAGCACAGCUCAUAGAUGUCAGUUUCAAAACAGUGGGCCAAUCAGAGGAAACCAGGGGCAAGACAAACAUCAGUAACAACUGUACAUAAUUUGUUGGAGGAAGAGUUUUUCUAUAUCCACUGUGAUUUUAUUAUUAUCUUAAUUUUAAAAACAGUACUUUUCACAGGGAACAGCUCUUCAGCCUGUAAACAUUUAGUCUAAAGGUGUGGUCACAUUAGUGAAAUUGUAGUGAAAUUUUGCAUCAAAAUUGUUCCUUGUCUAAUGUUAGUAGUGUAGUGAUGUAUGAAGCACAGCUCACACAGAAGUCACUUUCAAACCAAGCAACUUUAUUUGUUGGUCAAUGCAACAAAUCUAUGUUUCACAACUUGAACCUGUUACAAAAUCUGCAUGGGGAAAUCAUUCUUCCUCAAGCAAAAGUCUUGAUCGCAUGGAUUCCUACUGAAAUGACUGGAAUUUGCUGAACAACGGUAAAUGUGACCACACCUUAAUACCGCCCGCUUUACAUGACUGCUUUAGUUUAAAUUCAGAGAAUGUGCUGAAUCAGUGUUUUUGGUGCAAUAAGAAGUGCAGCGCACAUUCUCAUUCAUCAUCUUUUUU